GGUUAGGUGAUGGAUGACCAAAUCAAAAAUUGUACUAACCCGGAAGUGGAGGUAGACACUUCCAAUUGUACAAACACGGACGCUUACGACGUUUCCAUCGACAUUGGUUGGUUCAACGAAUGGGUCGUGUGGGAGGGUGGCAUCGCCUUCAAUUGCGUUUACUGGACACUCAUUCUCAUCCUCUUCUUCGCUCUUCUCUACCUUUUUCGUCAGAAAUUCAAGUGGCGACUCCUCACCGAGCGGCUGGACGGAUUGGAAGACCCUCCGCCGCAACUCAAACGAUCCGACAGCAGCUGGAUCGACUGGCUGACUCUCAAAAUCGACGAGGAGGCCGUCGGGAAAGAUGGCGCCACUUUUCUAUGGUUCCAAUUCCGGCUGAUUCAAGUGCAAAUUCUCAUGACGGUCCUCGGGAUCGUCUUGAUUGUGAUGCAUCACAACGGCGACAAGCUGGGCGAGUGGCCCAGCAAAACUCUGCAAUCCACGGGACUUUACAACAUUGGCGUCAACGGGGCUCACGGUGUCAUCUGCAGUGCCAUCCUCAUCACUUUGGCUUGGUUGAUGAGACAACAUGGACAGGAUCGAGGUGUCAGAUCGCUGGCCAGCCACGACGUCAACAGUUUCUCCACCGUCUGCAAUCGACGCUGGCUGAUGAUCUCUGGAAUUCCGCUGACAACCACGGCCGAUUCCCUCCUGGAAUAUUUAAUAUGCAACCUCGAUGCCAAGGGAAUCCACCAGGAACAAAUCGUGAUGGCCAAAGAUGUCAGCAAAUUAAUACCCGUCCAAAAUCAGUUGAAUUUCAUCAGAAAUAUCAAACAGAAUUUGAACGGCAGAGUCUUGAUGGGCCGUCGAUUUUGGGAUUUAAAAUCCUGGUUGAAACCAGCAAUCGGGGCCGUUUCUUAUUACAACAACAAAGAAGAAACUCUGUCCGUGAAAAAAGAUGAAAUAAUUAAUCAACUCAAAUUUACCGGAACGGUUUUUAUCCGUUUCGACAGUCCGGUCGAGGCUAAAGCCACAAAAUUUGCCAUUCGACGACACCAAUCGAAUUGGCUUUGGAAAUGUGAGGAGACCAAUCAGAACCGACAAUUCCGGCCGUCAGAGUGGGUGGUGCGAUACGCUCCUCCGGGCUCCGACAUCAACUGGAUGCAUUUAAAAAACCCGCGCCCACCUUUUUGGAAGACACUUCUAGUCUGGCUGAGAGUCCUGGCCAUUUACUCGAUUUACAUCUUCCUGAUGGCCGCGCCGGCCACCAUUGUCCAUUGGCUUCACUUGGACGGACAGGAACGAUCGAUUUUUUGGAAGAGAUUCGCUCUGCCCACUCUGGUGUCGUUAUUCACCACCAAAUUGACCAACUGGGUCACCGGGCAAGACCGGCUCAGACAUCAUUUAUCUCUAACCAAAGCCAGUCUGGCCAGUUUCCGAUCCAUUUGCUUCCUGGAAAUUCUCCUCUACAUGAUUCGGAUGAUGGCGAGGAAACCACUUCCGCUGCUGCUGGCUGGCGAGUUCAACAGCGACGACAUCCGGCUGGCGUGCGUCUUCUUUCCCGUUCACGGCAGCUUCCUGGCCUGUUGCAUCAUCGUCAACACGGCCGGCGGGAUCUUGAUGAACCACUUGCGCUUCGAUUUCCUCUGGUCUUACACGAAGAAAUGGUUCAGCUUCCGGUCGGAAGAGGAGAAAUCAACUUACAUCAUCGCCUAUAGAAUCGACUACGAUUUUGCUUCGAACUACGCCGAAUUGAUCACCAAUUUCGCCCUGACGAGUUUCUUUAUCGUCAUUUUCCCGGUGAUCAGUUUGGUGUCGUUCACCUUUUCGAUCCUCCGGUUUAUCAGCGAUCGAUCCGCUUUGACUCGCAUUUACCCCGUCGGCCGGAUCGGCCACAAUUUACACCAGGAAUCCAUCAACAUGGCCAUGAGAUUCGCCAUCGCUUCGCCGUUGGCUUUGCUGAUUUACCGGCGAAUUCAACUGGGUCACGGAGUGAAAUUACUCGAUCCUGGCAUCGUCGCUCCGUCCUGUUUGCUGAUUUUGUACGCCACUUAUUUGCUUUACGCCCACGUCAAAUCCUACGGCGUUUUGCCCACUUGGUUCUGCCGAUUGACAAAACUCCGAUCGAGAAAUGACAUUUCCAAUAUCGAAGACGACGAGGAAGAUGUGGUUGACUCGUUGAGCAACAUCCAACACGAAUACGAUCCUCUAGCCCAAAUCAGAGAACAAGAAAUGUGCGAGUUCAAUCAUUCCAGUCAUUCAUUGUUGUCGACUGCGUGCAAAGAUUCCGUUCCCGCCCAGCUAGUCGUGUGUUAAACCCUUCGGGCUAUAAAAUUGCGCAAGUUUAUUCUUCUAUUUAACUUCGUGACUGUGUCAAAUUUUACGUUUAAGAAAAGAUUCACGUAGUUCUUUGCUCAUAUUUGUUCUUCACUUCCAUAACUCGAACGAUAAACAGAGAUGACAAUCGUUAUCGCCUUACAACCCUCCAGGCUGUAUCAGCCAACUGAUAAACAAUGACGUGCACUUUUGCCUAGUAAAAUUCCUUUCCAAAAUUGUCAUUCUAUCCGUGAUUUACUACCCGCGCAGGUGUUUUAAGUUGAAGUGAUGGCCCAGGCCUCGUCCGAACCGACCCAUUUCAAAACGUUGUGCAAGAAAACUGGGACGACCUACAACAAAAAGGACGUCCUGGGCAUGGGCAGUUAUGGCAUCGUUUACCGCGGUUGCCAUCGCGACCGUCAAGUGGCCGUCAAGCGGAUCGAAUUGCAUCGGCUCCACCCGGAAGAGCGUGAAGUCAAACUGCAGAUGAAACUGGAACACGAAAAUGUUUUGAAAAUGUGGACGGUGGAGAAGGACGACGAUUUCAGGUACGUCGUUUUGGAAUUAUGCGCGGGAACUCUCGACCAAAUCUGUGAAAAGGGCAAAGUCUAUUCGGGACCCGUUCUGCCAUCUGAUCAAAGAGUUUUGUACCAAAUCGCCGACGGACUCGACUACAUCCACUCGCACAAACUGGUCCACGGCGACGUCAAACCGGCCAACGUUUUGAUUUCAACGACGGGCACAAUCAAAUUGUCCGAAUUCGGACUCUGCAAGCAAAUGCCUUCGGCGUUGGACACGUUUCCGGUGAGCGGAUUCAAAGGACCCGCCGUGUGGAUGGCGCCGGAAUUAUUAUUGCCGGACAGCCAUCAGAUUAUUAUUCCGGCCAAAGCUACUCCGCAAAGUGACAUUUUCUCUGCCGGUUGCGUGUUUUUCGUCUACGUCACGCGCGGAAAUUUCAACCAUCCGUUUGGCGACGACCACAGCGCAGUGCAAAACAACAUCCGCAAUAACCAGCCAGUCAACAUCGACAAAUUAAAUUCGGAUCACUUUGCGGCUUUUGUUAUCAAGAAUAUGAUCGAGCACGAUCCGCCGCACAGAAUACCACUGGUGGAAGUGAAGCAAAUGCUCCGACAAAUCAUAUCCCGUCAAACGCUGAGCUCUUCCGGUUCGAUCGAGGAAGUGCUGGAACAUUCGCCAUUAUCAAGGAAUAACAGCGAAGAAAUCACAGCCCGAAUUUCGCCAAUGACAAGGCGACGUAACCGGAAUCACAGUGAACGACGCAAACAAGCGGCCCAAGAAUUCAAAGACAUCCAGCUGGCCAGCUCUCCCAAAUCGGAUGCUUCUCACUUCAGUUUGACUCCGCCCAAAGGGGCCAGCAUCGGCGUGCCCUUGGAGAAUUGCCCGCGUUCUUCAAAGUACGAGAAUAUUCCGAGGAUUGUGGAACAGUGCGUCGAGAUUGUGGAAGCCCACGGUCUGGAAAAUGUGGGAGUCUACCGAGUGCCGGGCAAUUUCGCCGUCAUCAACGCCCUGACGGAAUCUUUCAACCGCGGAGAUUUCGGCGAAUCGGAUUGGCGCUGGAACGACGUCAACGCCAUCUCAUCGGUGAUGAAAUCAUUUUUCCGCAAAUUACCGGAUCCGCUGGUGACGUCUGAACUCUACGGCGCCGUGAUCGAGGCCAGCAAGCUGGAACCGGAGCAGGAGCGUUUGAAUUGCAUCAAGCGGCUGGUGGACGAUUUACCCGAUCCGCAUUACUCAACUUUGCGUUAUCUGGUUGGCCACCUGUCGCGCGUGGCCGGUAGCAGCGACGUCAAUAAAAUGAACGCUCGUAAUCUGGCCACCGUAUUUGGGCCGACUCUCGUUCGUUCCGCUGACGACAAUAUGGCCACCAUGAUGGCCGAUAUGCCGCAUCAAUGCCGUAUCGUUGAAACGCUCAUAGACAAAAUCGAUUUCUUUUUCCCAUCUCCAGGUCAUAAUCAGGUGAUUCCUACUGACGCCCAGCAGACUGAGGCCCCGCCCAAUUGAUACUUUGUACUCAAUGUGUUACGUAAAAGGCUCCUUAACCUUAAAUGAAUAACUAACUGUACAUAUCAACGAUCGAAAUGAAGAAAAAUACAAUGUCAGAAAGCAGA